AUGGACACCAUUCGCUCCAUCUUUCGACGACGUGCCAGCCAAGCCUUUGCGCCUUGGAGAAGACAGAUGAGUGAAGAAGAAAGCGUGAAACAGCCUGAGGACUGCUGGCUCCUGCAGUUGAUGCCAGCCGAGCUGCUUCACGAGAUUCUACAUGCCCUGCUCGCCGCGGGCGAGAAGGACUGCCAGCGGCAGCUGCGCGACGUAGCGGCAUGGUGCCUCACCUGCUCGGCCUUCAACGACGUCUGCGACGACGAGACGCGCUGCCGUCUGCGCUGCCUGGCCGCCUACCCGGGCCUCUUCAGCCUGGCCUUGUCGCCCCUCUUCGGUGCACCCAACACCCACUACGUAGCACCUUCAUCUGCCUCAUCUACUUCCCUUUCAUCUUCCCUCUCUACUUCAUCUUCUACGUCAUCUUCAUCUUUUCCCUCCACAACGACUUCAUCCACACAAUCCGGUUUGUCAUCUUCUACGUCGAUGCCAUCCUCCUCUCAGAGGAGAGGAGCUGCCGAGGACUACUACGUCGACGGGCUCAGGCCGCCGCGGCUCACCUGGCGCCAGCGCUUCGCCCUGCUGCCCCACCUGCCCCAGCGCAUCGCCCUGUGCGCCAGCGAGCGCGAGGCCGCACACGCCGCGCAGGCCGCGCACGCCGUCGUUGGCGGCGGCCUCCUCAAGCGCAUCUUCCGCAAAGAGGAGGACUCGUGCUCGGCCGAGCACGACGAAGUCGUCUUCACCGUCGACGCCAAGUCGGGCCGGCACCACACCAACACCACCGGCCUGCACAACAACCUCCUCGCCGACCACCCGUUCUUGUCCACCAACGAGGCCGCGCUUCUGCGAGUCUUCGACGGCGAUGGUGGUGCUUGUGGUAUCGACGCGGCCAGCGGUGUUGACGGCAGCGACGCCGCCGGUGCCGGUGAUGAGGUGGCGAGGCGAAGGCGCGCGCUGUUUGUAGACUCGCUGCUGUACCGGGGCGUGGAGUACUUCGAGAUGGUGGUGCUCAACAACCAGGUGAGCUGGAAUCGCGCGGUGGCGAUCGCCGUCGCGCAGCACUUUGACAGCAUGAGCUUCCUCGGGUGGACCAGUACCGCCAUCGCCUACCACUCCGACGACGGCACCAUCAGAGGCGGCGAAGAGAAUGAGGUGUACAGAUCCAAGAUCUUCAGCACGGGUGCGAUCGUGGGGUGUGGCAUCGACUGGGACGCGGGCGAUCUCUUCUUCGUCUGCCUCGGCGCGCCCAACGAACCCGCCGAGGUCCACCUUCAUCGGCCGCGACUCGACCGGUUGCCGUGGUACCCUGCCAUCGCGUCGAUGAGCAGAGGCGACGAGGUGAAGGUCAACUUUGGGCAGGAGCCCUUCGUGUUCGACCUCAAGACGUUCGUGCACAAGAAGCGCGCGGGCGAUCUGUCGUCCCUCGUCGUCCACACCGCCCUCCUGUAA